AUGAUUGACCAGAGCAUAUCUACUAUAAUUUUUGAUCACAUAACGAAAGCAGUUGGCUUAGGCAUGGAACUAAAAUAUAAUAAAACAUUUGUGGAAUACUUUGGUUUGGUUCCUGGGGAAUCUCAGAUGCUGAUGAUAAAUUCAACCAAAUUAGUGAAAAAGCUGUUCAUGGAUAAUCGCAUUGAAAACGAGGGCACAAACAGGACCGUAUAUAAUAUCAAAAACUUCGCCGUCUGCAGCUUUUUAAAUAAUCGCCUGCUCUCUAAGAUUUACUCGGUGUUCUAUGAAGAGUUCGUGGGUAACUCGACAGUUUUCAAGUGUCCAAUUCAACCGGGUGUGUACUACUUGAGAAAUAAUCUAAGAGAAAUCGUUGUGCCCCUAUUUCAUCCACCUGGCAAGUUUCGUUUAAUUGUCCGAUUAAAGACAGAAGCGGAAGGUUCUUUUACUGUGGAAAUCACCUGGCGAUAUCGUGUCAUACGUACUUAA